CCCACAGAGUAGACGUUAAAUGUGUUUUCUGCUUCUGUUCAACUGAGUGGUAGAUACCUGGUUAAUUUAGUGAUUUCAGAAAUGAAGAAACGUCUGAUCCAAGUGCUUGGCUUUUUGAUGUCAUCACUGGGAUGGGUGUUUGUGCUUUGCUCCAUGGCCAUGGACUACUGGAGAAUCGUCCAAUUAGGAGGACAAGGAGGCUCCUUUAUCAUCAAAGUGGCCUGGUACUGGUCCAACUUGUGGAAGGAUUGUUUCACAGACUCCACGGCUGUCACCAACUGUAGAGACUUCCCCGUGCUCUGGAGUGUGACCGCUUAUGUCCAGGGAGUGAGAGGAUUACUAAUGUGCGGGUUAACUCUUGGGUUCUUCGCAAUACUACUUUGCUUUCUUGGUAUGGAGUGUACUUUUAUUGGAGGAGCUGAGAAAACCAAGGACAAACUUCUUCUUGCUGGAGCAGUGUUUCAUAUUGCUGGCAGUGUGUCAGAUGUUUCUGGCUACUGCUUAUACAUAAACAGGGUUGCAAGGACAACCUUUGCUGCCACUGUUGGUCCGGGAGUCUUACGGUACGACCUAGGACCUCCCAUUUUUCUAGGAUUGGUGGGAUGUUUUUUAAUUCUUUUAGGGGCUUUGUUUUACGCUGUUACAGUCUACCGAGUCAUUUUCCCUGAAAGGCAAGUAUACGCAUAUGGAGGAGGAACAUACAUGGCGCCUCGCUCCAGAGGAAGAACCCUGUACACCGGAUACUACAAACCACCCAUGCAGUAUGGAUCUUAUAUGGGCUCACGACCGUCCAACAGCUCCAGAAUCUCAAAGCUGUCACAGACAACACCCACGAAACUCUCAGAAAGAGACGCAUUUGUAUAGUAGUUUAAAGCAAUUUUUUAUGUACAGUUUUAUUUUAACACAAACGUGCAAACUUCACAAGACAAGUUACCUCGAAAUGGGAUUUACUAGCAAUCAGGUUAUGACAUACGGAUAGAAUGACAAAACCCUCUGCUUUAUUUUCCAGGCACCAUGUAUAAUUUUAAAUCAGUUGUUUCUCAUGUUUUCUUUUGGUAAAACAGGUCAUACUCUGUUUAAAAUACACUGCCCUGUGUUUACUCAUCAUUUGUGUUAACUUUGCUGUGAUU